CGCCAACACACUUUCUUCCAGGCUCCCUGUCCCAAGAUCACGAGUAAGCGGGGGCCCUGUACAUCAGCAUUUAGGGCACUCAGACCAUCCUUCGUCGCCUCUUGCAAAAUUUAAUCACAUUGGUUCCAGCACUGUAUCUUCGCCUCGGCCAUCAUCCGCAUCAAGUGUACAUGCGGACCAAAAGGCUGUUGUACGUGCCCAAUCUCAACGGCAGAGCGGGGAGACUCAAUCAUCUCAGCGAAUGACUUCAUCAUUUACAGACCGAAUACAAGCAACAAGUAUGAGUAGUUCACAUGGAAUGAUGAAUACCAAAAAACCUCCGCUAAAUCACUCCAUGGAAGAGGUAGGAGCACAGAAAAGCCCUAUCGUUGACGAAGCUAAAGCAGCUGUGAAUUUGUUUGACUUGGAUACAGACAUGGAUGUCGAUCAUGACGUGCCUCAGCAUCUGGAUCUUUUGAUUGCCAAUAUCUCUGGCGUAAUAGCCUCGCCUAUUAAACAACCCGGUAGCAACAAUUUCUCUCAGGAUCAGCAACAAUCGUUACAACGCCUUUCAACUCCUGCAUGGCGGAGUCCUCAGCAAAGUGAGUCGACAAGAGCGACGCUUAUCCAGAAUGUUCAAGGAGUGGAGAGACCAGCCAGCGCUAUGCAAAGGACUUUUAGCCAGGAGAAGGAGCUCUCGGAUAUAAAUCAGGUCUCAGACUCACCGCGGAGGAUUCCUGGGAAAGUACAUUCACAGGCGAAUGAAUCUACGACAUCCACAUUGCGCGGUUCGUCACAGCUACAACAGCAUUCGUUUCUACAGUCUAGCCAACAAGAGUAUCAGUCAUCCCGCUCAUUAAAACAAAGCCCCAUUCGUGGUCAAAGUGGGCUAAUUAAUGAUCUUCAGCCUUCACAGCCAUCACAGCAACACUUGGAUAUAAGCCUACAUGGGAUAAACGGAGCGUCUGUUGGCAUGGUGGCCAUAGAGACAGAGGAUGAUACUCAUAUCAGAAAUACAAAACAAAAGGCCUCACCGCUACCCAAGAACAGUUCUCAAACAGUAGACCACCACCAGUCAUCAGGACAGAGCAAUGAUAGUGACAUUGAUGAACCCUAUCUACUCCAGUCCAAUAACACUUCACAGCACUGUAACGUCCAAGCAAAACCCUUACCACAGGAGCCACAACAAUUCGCCCAGCUUCAAUCGCCUAAGACUCCAUCUCUUCGUUCCUUUUCAUUCGGGACUGACCAUACAUCCAACUUGACGUCACGGUCUCAGUCACAGUCACAUCUAGGCCCCCAGAUGCAGGAUGAGAGAGGUGAUAGCCGAUCAUCGGCUCAAGACAAGCCUUUAAAGCAUAAAUUGGCAGCUUUCGCUCGUAGCAAUGGCACUGAAAGUAAUGCACAUGCCAUGAGCUAUGAUGUUGAAGUACAUUCUAAGGACCAAGAUCUCAGUAAGGAGAUAUUUGAGGGCGCACGAGAAAUGGACGUCGACACUGAACGUGAGACAAAAAAGAUAAAUCAACAUCGCUUUUCAUCACAGCAGAACCAAAUGUACGAACAAGGACGACAACAGGGGCAACUGCAAGAUAUCUCCCAAGGUGGUAACAACAAUAAUAAUCACACAGUUAAGCAGAGUAAUCAUGAAACCACCAUGGCAGGUAUAAGUUCGGGAGGUCAUUCAGACGAACAAGACCACGUGGAAGUCCCCUCUACCAGCUGUAUUACGGCCACAUCAAUGUCAUUUUCUAUGCGCCGCGAGCCUUGUAAUCGUCCAAAGCUACAGUCCCAGUAUCAGGACGCAGCCUCCAGAGCCCCGCCACAUCUUGGGAAAUCAUUGAACCAAGCCAUCAUGCAUAAACAAGCCGCAGAAGUCGAGAGAUCCACUGCCAGGACGCGCUCCAACCGCAUGGGGAUUUGUGAAGAAGUGGAAUAUAACCUUCGCAAAAUGCUUCAAAUGCGAAAGAGUGGGAUUCUGCCUCAUCCAGGUUUCGAUGUCUCCUCUGCGAAGCCUCCAGCUGUAUUUUUGACACGUUGGAUCAAUUAUGCGCGCUACGGAGUUGGAUGGCAUCUCACAAAUGGCGUUAUUGGCGUCUUCUGCAAUGACAAAACUACUCUUGCAGUAUCACCAAAUGGAAUGUAAGUCCUUAUCUCCUUAUCUUUUAGUUACCACUUUUUUUUUUUAGGAUGUUUUCAGCAUUGUAAACGGAUCUAACUUGGCUAUGAUGUUUUUACGAUAGCGAUCUUGAAAUUAUGGAGCCGCCGCC